UGGUCCUCCAGUAUCGAAGAAGUCGGUUGCGUAUUCAUUUAUUCCACUGGUGCGUUCUUAUUUCGGUUAAGUGAUAGUACCGGUCGUACUAUACCAUCAUCGAUAAAUAUGGUGCAAUAUUUUUUACUUCUUCUGGCAACUGCAUGCCUAACAUCAGCAUAUCCCAAAGAAAAUCCGACAGAAAUCAAUAAUCAACAAUAUCAACAACGGCCUGUAUUCGUUCUUCUGGAUCAAACUCUUCAAGAUCAACUGUACGCACAACAAAUACAAAAUGAAGUAAGGGUUAAAGCACCACUACAAGAAAUUCAACAACCUCGAAUACAGGAACUACAACAACCGCGCAUUCAAGAGCAACCUCAGUUAGAACAGCAGCAAAUUUAUGCACCAGGAGGCUUUCAAUAUGGUGACCCGCAGCUUCAAUAUCCUGGUUAUAAUCAACAAGCAUUUCCAAGAAUUCAACCAUCCAUUCUUCUAUACGGAGCAGGAGGUCAGGGACAACCAAUCUUGAUCAACCCAGGAAACCCACCAGGCAAUUUCUUGGUACCUCAACAACCCGGCGUUGUUUACAGAAACAACCCUCAAAAUCCUGUCUUCGUGGGAGGAUAUCCUAAUCCAAAACCUGCGCAUAUUCCUCCAAUCGAAAAGGAUGCUGAAGAGAUUCCUACCAAUCCUGCCAACAUUCCUCCAUUUCAAGCAAAGCCUAGUGAAAGCAAACCUGAAAAACUAGAAACAUUCACCGAAGACAAUUUUGUCCCUUUUCCAAAACCAGCAGGUGGAACCGACGCUUCAGGGGAAGCUGAGAGACGACAACCACCACAACAGUUCCCAAACAACAACAAUCUGAAACCAGGUCAACGAUUUUUUAUUCUUAACGGACAGCCACUGUAUCAAAACUAUCCUCUAAACUAUCCAGAAAUUCCAAACUUUGGAUUCCAGCAGAUCGAACAGCCCUUCCAGCAACUUCAAAGUGAACCGAGGGAGGAAGAAUUCAAUUAUAAUAUUCCUGUGCAACAGGUUUUAUUGAGAAACUCUGGCCAAGUUGAUCAACCACAAAACAUAGCUCCAAAUGCUCAACCUGUGCCGCAACAACUCUUCCCCACAUUCAACCAACAAAAUAUUCCUCAAGAAUCAUAUUUCAGAACAAGUUUACCGACUGGUGUAUCAGAUGUUAAUGGCGGAAUCCCUUUUGGACAAUUUAGGUUUUCUUCUCCAAAUGGACCCUACUUCCCAUCACAAGAUGACAUUGAAAACGAUUCUGUAGUCAUAAAUGCUAACUUUGGUGAUGCCAGCUUAAGCGAUUCAGUAGCUACCCAACCAGAUCCAACUGUACCGGCCGCAAAAUCUCCCGAACCAGGUACUGCCCAAGCAGCACCCGGAGCUAUCGCCUUAGCCGGUCCUGGAGGCAUAGCAGGAGCUGCUCCAAGAGGCACUGCAUUAGCAGGAAAAGGUGGCUUAGCAGUUUCAAGUCCGCAAGCAACAGCCAUUGCAGGAACAAAGAAAGAAGAGAAGCCAGAAAAGGCAGAGAAAGAAAAGCCAGAGAAGCAAGAAAGGAAAACAACCAGAAAGCCAAAAAAUUGAUUAAUGUAAAUAGUUUAAUUUAACUUUUUUACUUUCUGCAGUAGUAGUGAGAUAUCUUCGGAUAGUUUGGUAAGAAAAUUCAACAUACUUUUCUUAGUAGACAUAAAGUUACGGUUUAUGCACAAUAACUUGCUAAGUAUGAUAGAAGGACUUAAGUAUAAGUACCUAGUAGUAAAAUUAAAAAAAUUAUUUUAGUAAUUUAUAUUUGUACCUAUACGUUUUCCGAAAUAUAUUAAAAACAUUGUGUAAAUUCAACAAAAUUUCAUAAAAUAUCUAAAAUCAAAUUAUGUUAGCUUGAUCUCGAUGUGUAGAAAAAUACAAAAUGUAAAUUAGGUUUUUAAAAUCUUACUAGUUAUUUCUGUUGAGAAUAAACUGUAUUAAAUAUAAAAUGAACCAUCCAUUGUAAAUAUAGAUGUAGGGUUUUACAUUACACAAAUAAAAGAUUUAAAAAG